CAGAUCCACAUCCUGAAAACGGCAGCGUUUACCAUUUCGCCAUACAGGCAGGAUAAAUAAAAGAAAAUCCCGUGCAAAAGCUCCUCCGGUGGUUCUAUUCCCACCGCCGUAUGUUCUGCCGGCGCUCUUCAAUUUCGCGCUCCGGACGGUUAUCUUUUCCGACUCCAAUUCGAGGUCUAUCGCGAUUCCGAACCGCUACUUCUGCGAGGUGAAAAAUCUGGGAAGAAAACAAUGGGAAUCAUAGAAAACGGAACAAUGUCGGGUAACUUGCCAAGCAAGGAGGCAUUUGUAGUGCACUAUCCUGGGUAUCCAUCAUCUAUCUCCCGAGCCCUAGAGACUCUUGGGGGAAUCCAAGGGAUCACAACCGCAAGAGAAUCAACAUCAAACAAGCUUGAGCUACAUUUCCGCCCUGAAGACCCAUACGCACAUCCUGCUUGGGGAGAACAGCGACCUUGUAAUGGUUUUCUGUUGAAAAUUUCUAAGGAGGAUGUUAAGAGAGAUUCUCUUCCUGAAAGUCAACCCGUUCUAUCUACCAGCAGUGUAUCAGAAGCUUGCCCAGCUCUAUGUGCUGACAUUGUAGCUCGUGUCUCUCAAUCGUAUUGCUUCGAUGGCAUGGCCGAUUACCAGCAUGUUAUUCCUAUUCACGCGGAUGUUGCUCAGCAUAAGAAGAGAAAAUGGAUGGAGGUGAAGUCGCUUGCAGGAAACAAUGAUCUAAUGGGCAUGGCUGAUGAAGAUGUGAUGAUGUUACUGCCACAGUUCUUUGCACCUAAAGAUAUGCCAGACAACUUGGUGCUGAGACUUCCAGGAACAUCGGGCCACAAAAAGAAAGAUGAGGCAGCAACCCAGAAUCUUUAUGAGGUUGCAGUGUCUGCAUUGUUUGACGAGCGACCUGUGUGGACAAGAGAUUCCAUUGUCCAACGACUACUUGAUAAAGGUCUUAAAUGCACACAUCAUAUGCUAAACAGGGCUGCAUAUUAUUUCUCAGGUGGUCCAUUUCUUAGGUUCUGGAUUAAAAGAGGCUAUGAUCCACGGAAAGAUCCUGAGUCUCGUGUAUACCAGAGAAUGGAAUUCAGGGUUCCACCUGAAUUAAGGGGUUAUUGUGAUGCCUAUGCAACUAACAAGUCAAAGCCGAGCUGGGAUGACAUUUGUGCGUUUAAAGUAUUUCCUUUCAAAUGCCAAACAUUUCUACAGUUAUUUGAACUUGACGAUGAGUACAUUCAACGAGAGAUAAGAAAGCCUCCCAAGCAGACUACUUGUAAUUACAAAACGGGAUGGUUCUCAGAAGCGCUGCUUGAUAAUUUGAGACUCCGUGUAGCUGUGAGGUUUGUAUCUGUGUUUCCUGAGCCAGGUUUUGAAGAUGUUUUUAAAUCUAUUCAAGAAGAGUUUGAAAGGUCAGAGAAGACACGGAUACAGAAAGAUAAACUGAAAUCAUGUCAACCAGAACAGCCAGAAAAGCCUAAAGAUAGGAAAGAUAUGAAAAAGCAUAAAAGCACAAACAAAGAGAAAGAGGGUGAUGUUGAUGCAGAUGAAGAUGAUGAAUACGAGGACGAACUCGAUGUGGCUGCAAAUGAUGAUGAUGAGAUAUCGUUAAGUUGGCAUGGAUAUGAUGACAUGGAGAACAACUCCAGAACCUAUCUCCAAGGUUUGUUCGAUAGAUUCCCAAGCAGCAAACCAGCUUUGGAUGGUGCUGGUGACGGUAGCGAUGGAGAGUAUCAGAUUUACGGUAGCGAUGGAGAGUAUCAGAUUUACGAGCAAGAAUCCAACGCUUUGGAUGAUGAUGAUGAUGAUGAUGAUGAGUGAAGAACUUGUAGGAACCGUAAAACCGAUUAGAUACGACAAUAUAUUGUAGGGAAAGCAAAGAAAACCGACGAGAAAAACCAAAUAUUUGAGGCGAGAUGAUCUCUUUCUGUAACUCAAUAAAUUGUUCGUAGUGUGAUGGUGAUAUGCGAUUUUUGAAUCCCAAGAUACAAUUGAUAAUAGACUGUUUUGCAACACUAUUCGAAAUGGAAUCUAUGAAUUUAGAAAAAUAUGAUAAAC